AUGGAGAUCUUCCCAGAACACGUGCAACAUCUGUGGAACGAAUGGGAGCUGAGGGGGCUGGUUUUGCUAAGCCUAACAUGGCAGGUUAUCCUCAUCAUAUGUGGCUCAUGGAGGAAGCGUGCCCGUGGUGGCUUCAUCAGCAUCGUGGUUUGGGUAACAUAUCUGUCAGCAGAUUGGUUAGCCACAGUUUCGCUGGGCACACUUGCCAACAACCAAGGAGACGUGGGCAAACAAGAUAGGAACCACGCUCUGCAGGCGAUUUGGGCUCCCUUCCUUCUCCUCCAUCUCGGCGGCCCGGACACAAUCACUGCUUACGCCUUAGAAGACAACACUUUAUGGCUACGGCAUUUGCUUGGUCUAAUUGUCCAAGUUUCCGUGGCCUUUUACAUCUACUUAAGAUCUUGGAGCACCACUGCCUUGACUUUUAUAGCCAUACCAGUGUUUGUUUCCGGGAUCAUUAAGUAUGCAGAGCGCACGUGGGUUCUGAGAUCCGCUAGCGCCGAACAACUUGAAGAAUCUUUGCUGUCCGCUCCGGCCAUAGAACCUCCAAAUCUCAAGCUUUCUUAUGCCAAUGCCGAGGUGGAGUAUGUUCACAGAGGAUACUACUUGUUUCCUGUUCUCAAGCGUCUCUAUGCAAAUCUGAGCCUAAGGUUCGCAGAGGGUCAGCGAACCUACCAAUUGAUGGUGAAAAAGGAACAUGGGGAGGACAAAGAUGACAAGAAACAGAGUAAUUAUGCUUUUAAAUUGGUUGAGGUCCAGUUGGGUUUUUUGUAUGACUUGCUUUACACGAAGUCAACUAUAAUUUACUCUGUGCUAGGUCUCAUUUUUCGUUUUGUUAGUGUUUUAUCCAUAGUGUCUGCUUUAGCUUCAUAUGUUGUCUUCCUUAAUGUUCAUGAGCAUGAGUACUCAGGGGUCGACAUUCAUAUAACAUAUUGUUUAUUUAUUGGGGCUAUUUUACUUGAGCUUUAUGCAUUUGUGUCCCUUGUUUUCUCGGAUUGGACUUUGAAUUGGCUAGUCAACAAGCAUAGUUCACUGCAGAAUUUCAUUUGCUGGGUUUUGUCUUCUUGUCGGAAAAGGUGGUCAGGGGAGUUAGCUCAACACAACUUAUUGAAUUUUUGCAUGAAGAAGAGGGUAAGAAGAUGCAUCCGAAAUAAUUUUCUUUUCAGAAGCUAUUUUGUGAUGGAAUUAUAUUGGCAAAGGACAUGGGAAGAUGCAGAUGCUGAUCUCAAACAGUUUAUCUUUAAACAUCUCAGACAAAAACAAAUGCUGUACGACAAACAAGUAUCUGAUUACAAUUUUCUCAAGAAAUUGCUUUCUUAUAAAGGUGACAAUGCUUCCAUUUCAAUAAAAAAUAUUGGCUGGAGUUUUGAGGUCGAAUUCGGUCAUAGCUUACUCAUUUGGCAUAUUGCAACCGAUAUAUGCUAUCAUUCUAGAACAGGAGAAUCCGAAAAGGACUACAGGGAAGUGAGUAAAAGAAUGUCCAAUUAUAUGUUGUAUCUUUUACUCAUGCGUCCACUCAUGCUGCCUAAAUGGAUAAACAGGAUUACUCACGUUCGGAACACUUUCAAGGAAGCCAUAAGGAUAUUGCAGCGCGAGCAGCUUCCGGUGAAAGAUGCUGCAAGCGCUUCAAAAUUGCUUAUUCAAAUGCACAUGCAGAGUCACCAACCACUCGAACAACUUCGAGCGGAAAAGGCCGGCAAGUCUUUGCUCCAUGAAGGGUGCCGCCUUGCUUCACAGAUUGAAGAUCAGAGAGUUUCAUGGGAAGUGAUAUGUAAUGUGUGGAUAGAGAUGCUUACUUAUGCUGCAAGUCAGUGUGAUUGGGCGACACAUGGUCAGCAACUCCGAAGAGGAGGAGAAUUUCUGACUCAUGUUUGUCUUCUCAUGGCAGAACUUGGUUUGAGCGAACAAUUUGAUAUUGGGCGGAAGGGACUAAGUGUAGAAACCCAAAAUGAUGGAUGGGGAUGUGUAAGAAGUAAAUUACUCAGUUCUUACUUAUAA